UGUUACAUUAACAUUACCAGGAAGUAUCCCGGAAAAAACAUGAUCACCUUCCAAUAUUCAAAUUCCCUAUUUAAAUAAUCUAUUGAAUCUAUUGAAUAUUGCAUGUGAUUUUAAUACAAAGUUCAUCCACAAACCCUACUGUUGGUUGUUAUUCUCAUCAAACAAAAGUUGAUCGAUCUUCACCAGAAUUGUACGAAUGGGAGGGUGUUUUUCCGACGUAAGCGGUGGAAAAGCGGCCGUCGGCGGUGGUGGUGGUGGCGGUGGCGGCAAUGUAGAUGAGGCUGUUGAUUACUUCUAUCGGUCCAAAGGUCUUCAACCGCUAUACACGCGAAUUGAGUUAUCUUUAUCAGCUUCAAAAUUACGAGAUCUUGACAUCAUGUCAAAGAGUGACCCUAUGGCAGUUGUGUAUGCGAAGAAGAAAAGUGGAAUUCGCGAGGAACUCGAGGAAGUUGGUCGUACGGAGGUGGUCAUGAACAACUUGAAUCCCAUGUGGAUUCAGAAAAUCAAUGUUGCAUUUCACUUUGAGGUUGUUCAGCCAUUGAUCAUCCGGGUGUAUGAUGUGGAUACAAAGUAUCAUAAUUUGUCAACGAAGAUGCUGGACUUAAAAGACCAAGAUUUUAUUGGUGAAGCUAACUGUGUUUUGUCAGAGAUCAUGACUCACCGAAGCCGAAGUGUGACCUUAAAACUUCAUGGUAAAAACAGGCAUGAUGUCGGAAAUUUGGGUUCAGUAACCGUUCAUGCAGAGGAAACCAUUGCUUCCAAAAUGGCUGUUGAGAUGAGACUCCGAUGUUCAAACUUGGAUAACAAGGAUUGUUUCUCUAAAAGUGAUCCGUUUUUAAGAAUUUCUAGGGUCGUUGAGGCCGGAAGUCCUAUUCCAAUUUGCAAGACAGAAGUAGUGAACAACAAUUUGGACCCUGUAUGGAAGCCAUUGUGUAUAACUAUGCAGCAAUAUGUGACCAAGGAUAACCCUCUAGUAAUAGAGUGUUUUGACUUCAAUACCAAUGGAAACCACACAUUUAUCGGUAAACUGCAUACAUCAAUUCAAGAUAUGGAAAAUCUUCAUAAAGCAAAUGCCGGUGCAAAUCUUGUCUUUCCAUCUUCUCGUCACAAAGAUCAUGAGAAGGUUCUCAAGGGUAGACUUUAUGUGGACGGAUAUGAAGAAAAGGAGUUGUAUAGUUUUCUUGAUUAUAUCUCUAGUGGCUUUGAACUCAACUUCAUGGUUGCUGUUGAUUUUACAGCUUCGAAUGGUGAUCCACGUAAGCGGGAUUCAUUGCAUUACAUGGGCUAUGAUAGCAGCUACUUAAAUGCAUACCAGCAAGCUAUUAUGGAGGUUGGAGAAGUGAUACAAGUUUAUGAUUAUGAUAAACGGUUUCCUGCUUGGGGUUUUGGUGGGAAACUAUACGAUGGCUCUGUAUCUCAUUGUUUCAACCUCAGUGGAAAUGCUGGUAGCUUCGAGGUUGAAGGAGUGCAAGGCAUAAUGGGUGCUUAUAAGAACGCGUUGCAUACCGUCUCUCUUCAUGGACCCACUUUAUUUGGUCAAGUAAUCAACCAAGCUGCAGAAAUAGCUGCUCAAUCCCUCUCAACCAAUCCCACCAAGUACUUUGUAUUGCUAAUCAUAACGGAUGGAGUUCUUACCGAUCUCCAAGAGACUAAAGACGCAAUCGUCAGAGCCUCUGAUCUGCCCCUCUCAAUUCUAAUCGUUGGAGUCGGUAAUGCUGAUUUUAAACAAAUGGAGAUUUUGGAUGCUGAUACCGGACCACGUUUGGAGAGCUCGACGGGAAGAGUAGCUACUCGAGAUAUUGUUCAGUUUGUUCCCAUGCGUGAUGUACAGCGUGGAGAGAGAUCAAUGGUACAGGCUCUAUUGGAAGAGUUACCGGGUCAAUUCUUGACUUAUAUGAUAAGUAGAGAUAUCAAGCCACUCGGUAUUGAUGCACCCCGGGCUCCUCUUCCAGCGGAUCCUUUAAUCCUUGAAUCUUGGUAUCAUUAGCCUCGGUUUUCCUUGUGAUUAGUCGAAUGCGUACUAGAAGGCUCUAACUAGCACUAUUUUCUUUGGUAAGCUUGUUUUUUAAACUUCUCAACGGUUAGUAACAAAAAUUUGCGUACGGGUGUGAACUUCGACGAUUUACGACAUAUGCGUGUGACGCUUGAAUAUUAUAAGAUUUUACGUGGGGUACAUAUUAUGUGAUCUGAACUAUUGAAAUGAAUACCUAAUGUUUGGUCCAUGAUAAUUACA